CAUUAUGGAUCCAAGCCUUUUGAGAGAAAGGGAGCUGUUCAAAAAACGAGCUCUUUCCACUCCUGUAGUAGAAAAACGUUCAGUAUCUUCUGAGUCAUCAACUUCAUCAUCAUCGAAGAAAAAGAAGGCAAAACUAGAACAUGGAGGGUCAUCAGGCUCUAAACAAAAUUCAGAUCAUAGCAAUGGAUCAUUUAACUUGAAAGCUCUUUCAGGAAGCUCUGGAUAUAAGUUUGGCGUUCUUGCUAAGAUAGUGAAUUAUAUGAAAACGCGUCAUCAGCGAGGAGAUACACAUCCUCUAACUUUAGAAGAAAUUUUGGAUGAAACACAACAUUUAGAUAUUGGACUCAAGCAGAAACAAUGGCUAAUGUCUGAGGCAUUAGUCAAUAAUCCCAAAAUUGAAGUAAUAGAUGGGAAGUAUGCCUUCAAGCCCAAGUACAACUUAAAAGAUAAGAAGGCUCUGCUUAGGCUCUUAGAUAAGCAUGACCAGCGAGGCUUAGGAGGAAUUCUUCUAGAAGACAUAGAGGAAGGACUGCCCAAUUCCCAGAAAGCUGUCAAGGCUUUAGGGGACCAGAUAUUAUUUGUAAAUCGUCCUGAUAAGAAGAAAAUACUUUUCUUCAAUGAUAAAAGCUGUCAGUUUUCUGUGGACGAAGAGUUUCAGAAACUGUGGAGGAGUGUCACUGUGGAUUCAAUUGAUGAGGAGAAAAUAGAAGAAUAUCUGAAGCGACAGGGUAUUUCUUCCAUGCAGGAAUCCGGACCAAAGAAAGUGGCCCCUAUCCAGAGAAGGAAAAAGCCUGCUUCACAGAAAAAGCGACGAUUUAAGACUCAUAACGAACACAUGGCUGGAGUGCUGAAGGACUACUCUGACAUUGCUCCUGGAAAAUAGGGAACAGUUUUGUAGGUGACGUGUCCGAGUCCAGGGCCAUAGAGCAGCCUGUGAAAUCUGCUACUGCUCAGGCACAGGGGCCCCUGGAGCACCAACAGGCACCAGCACCUGCUCUCGCAGCCCCUUACCUGCCACAGGUCUGGCCCAAGAGCAUGCCCCUGGUCAAGGGUACAUGGCAUUGUUCUGGAAUGUGGUGAGGACUGUGCUUUAUUGACUUUCAUGCUGCCCCAUCAGCAACAAGACUAAGAACGAAAUUGAACCCAGAUGACAGGCUGAGAUGUGUGACCACAAAGUGACAGGAGCAGCUGGACGUCCUCUGCAGAGUAUCAUGUUCCUGAACACCAUGAAUGAAGCCUCCCUCGCCUGUUCAAUGACUCACAAAAUAUAGCUAAUAAAUUUCAAAUACCAAUGACCUUGAAAGUAAACAGGAUGAUCACGUCUAAAAAUAUUAAUGAUCUUCUCAGAAGUCAAAUGUUUGCUGCACCAAGUAGUUUUUCAUCUCAAUAAAAAUAAAGCAAUACUGAGGCCUACAAUCCUACCACCACAUCCAAUGAUUCUUUAAGAACAGGAUUUGAUGUCAAUUUAGAGAUGGAGACACCAGACCAUGAACUGAAGGUGCGCAGAACUAGAUGUGUGAUGCAACUCCUUUUCCAUGACAACUCCCGUCUCCUGGGUCCUCCUCCUUCUGGACCAGGGUGGAUAACCGGAAAACACACUGCUUGCUUCAAAUAGGCUUCCACCAGCGACACACAGCAUCCUGCUGAAGCCAGGUCUCCCGGUAGAUGUGACCCCUGAUGCUAGAACGAGAUCUUCCAAUACACAGCUCUUGGGGGUUUGGAGCCCGAGAAGAUGGAAGCGGUGGCAGUGAGGCCCCAAAUCUGGCUGCCUCACCCCCAGAGGCUCCGAGUCCUCCUCCCACAGAAUGCACACUUAGAGUCAUUGGACCCACUUCUCCCACAAUCUCAGCCAGAGGUAACAUCUUAGCUCCAAAAUCCCAUCAUCAUGAAAACAAAACGCUGCAGUCUACUUGAGAUUGUUUUUGGUCUGAUUAAAAUUUUUAUUGAAUUUUC